AUGAGUAGCACCACCAACGCCGACGCCGCCGCCGCCAUCACCGCCCGGCGCAGGAAGUACUUCGAGACGGACCCGCGGCGCUUCAAGUUCCACAAGCACCUCGCCUCCGGGGGCAACGGCGACACCUACGUCUUCUGCGAGCUGGACGACCGGGGCGUCGAGAGGCGCAAGUUCGUUGCCAAGUACUCGACCAGCGGCCCGCGCAGCCUAAACCAAUUAAGCAAUGAGAUCCGCAUCGCGCAGAAGCUGUACGGGGCCAUGCACAUCGCGCAGCCCAUCGUCGAGGACGGGGGGAUGCGCACGCUGCGGCGUGGUGGUGGUGGUGGUGGUGCUGGGACAGGAGCGGCGUCGAGUUUGCCGCCUGAGGACAGAGACGUGCUGAUGACCGAGUAUCUGGCGGGCCUCACGUUGCAGCAGUUUAUAGACAACGCGAGGAAGUACGACGUAGUGCCGAACAGGGUUCUGUGGAUGAUAUUUCUAUGCUUGACGCGGAUGGUCAUCGCGAUGGCAUACCCACCCAACAAACCGUAUGGAGCGGCGACUGAGGAUCCCACGGUGGAAACCAUACCGCAGAUAAGGACAGAUACUAGCGAAACGGGCAAAGGAACCACGUCAGCAGAGAGUCUGACCGAACAGCUGGGGGCGUUGUCGGUGAAGGGGCCCAAAGACAGAACUGGUGCUCCUGCGGAAAACACGACGAAAGACAAUACGGCAGCGGCAGGAUCGAGUAAAUCAGACGACAUUCCAGAAACCGAGCCGACGACAAGGCCUGCCGCUGAGCCGACAGACAAAGACUACCAGAUCUUCCACGGCGAUAUGGACAACCUGAACAACUUCGUGUUCGGCGACUACGAUCCAGACGAGCACUGGCUCGUGCCGAUCCUGAAAGCCAUCGACUUCGGCCUCGCCGUGGACCAGAUCGGCACGAGGCUUGAGGGCCGCAUGCUGCCCUUCGUGAGUCCCGGCACGUUCACGCAAGCCAAUAUCUACGACAUCGGCCGCGCAAUCCAGCGCGUAUACAACCACCACGACUCCCCCGACCCGCCCGCAAUCCGCUUCCCGAACCUCGACCAGGACCUCUACCAGCUAGCAGCGCGCUGCGCGUCGCGCGACCACACGCAGCGCCCGUCGCUGGCGGAACUGGUCCGCACCGUCGAACACAACGUCAACACCAAAACUGGUCCGGAGCACUUUUUGGGGAAGCCGUACGCCUGGUACGAGGAGACCGAGACGCUGCGGGGGUAUAUUUGGGAUGUGUUGCUGUCGCCGGCGCAGAAGGGGUUGGCGCCGUAG